UUACACUAUACUGAUUCUCUAGGGCCAGUAUUAAUACUCCUUAUUAAUGUCUACUGGCCUGAAGGUGAAGAUUAAGAGCUGGAAUGGAGUAGGAUUCUGGAAAUGGAUGACAAACGACACUGACUGUGGAAUAUGCAGGCUACCUUUUGAUGGCUGCUGUCCUGAUUGCCGCAUACCUGGAGAUGACUGCCCCAUUGUGAGUGGUCAGUGUAGACAUCAGUUUCACAUGCACUGUAUUCUGAAGUGGCUGCAGACUCAACAAAUGAAGCAGCAGUGCCCCAUGUGUAGGAGAGACUGGCAAUUCAGCGACUGAUUGAUUUAUUAAUAAUUAUUGCACCACUCAACCAUUAAAUCAUUUAUUAUUUAAUGUA